AGCUGCUGUCAUGGCAACCAUGUAUGACUGGCAGAAAACAGACUGCAGUCUCUGAGCUCCAGUCAACCUGGACGCUGCAGAACAUGAACACACUCUUAUGGGCAGAUGAAGGGUUGUGAUAUUGAGACACCAGGGCAGCCACAGAUUGUGAGGACCAUGAUGGCGCAUCUGGCAUAUCAACCCCUGCUUCCUGCCGGAAACAAAUAUCUGCAGCAGAAAUGGGACAAGGCUUCAUAUGAUUUACAUAGGGGAAAGGUGAAGUCAGCUAAACCAACAAUAAAUACCACUCCACCAAAGACCUAUGUUCACCUGGCUGUCAAGCUGAAGAAACAAAAGCUUGAAGAGGAAUGGACAAUGAAGAUUCAGAGGGAAAACAAUAUGCUUAUGGAGAAAAUAUCACACAUCAUGAGGACAACUGGAGAAAUUGACAACAAGAAUUAUUAUGACAGCAAAAGCCUUGGCAAGGAGAAGCGACAGCUGGAGUUGCUCCGUAUUACCAAGGAGAAUCAAAUGAUCCUGUCCCGUCUGAGCCAGUGCAGGUCUCACUAUAAUCUGAGGAGCUGGCAUGAGGACUGGCUCAAAACUCUCAAGGUGAUGGACAGCAUUGCACGUUACCCACGAGGAAGGACAAAUGAGCAAAAGGGACAAGAAAACUCCAUUAAGAAGCACCAUGAUAGUGAUAAAGAACAAAAGAUCAGCGCUGAUGCAACCACACACAGCCCUGCAAGCAACAAGGUCAAUGACAAAGCAGAGUCUGAGGAAAAUAAAAACAGUAAAGAAACCAGCAAGAAAGGAAGAACAGGAACAGAAAUACAGCAGGACAUGGCGACAUACCCUGAGCCAAAUGCACCUGAGGAAUCCAUCUCACCAGAUGUACCUAAGAAUCCUGGUUCUUCUGACCGCAGACAAACCCCCUCACACUGCUGAAUCAUUUCCCUCUCCUGAUGGAUCUAAUAUGUCCAGCACUCCUCACACACCUAAACACCCGAGCGGGGGACUGCAAGUCCUGCAGAGGGAUAAAAUGCCUUGUUUUUGGCAAACCCGUUUAUCUGCACAUUAAAGAGACUAUGAUAGUUUCACUAUAAGCUGUUUUA